AUGAUGUCGGACCAGGAUCUUAUGAUCUUAAAAGUACAUUCAAUAAUACAAAACCCAGAGGAGUAUCAUGGCAUAAACCUAGAAGCCAAGAUAAAAAAGACAAUAAGUCACCUAUAGGUCCUGGUUAUUAUGAUAUCUGUGGUUAAUCCUAACCUAUGUACUAAAUGAAACCAACAACAGCAUUCAGUUCUAAACAAAGUAGGAAUUCUGAAUUCAGAUUUCAAAAUCUAAAAAACAACACUGGAUACAUUAAAAAAGGAUUGGAUAAUAAAUAAUAUAGUUUUCAUCAAUCUACUAAUCCAGCUACUACAGCUAGAGAAACUGAUGCAGAUUCAGAAUAUAGUUACAUUGAAGUAUUUUAUAUCAAUAAAAUAGGAUGCAACUCCAGGUCCUGGCUACUAUGAAAAUGCCUCUACCCAGUAAACGAUUUCUUAAUUUUUAAAUAAAUCUUAAGCAAAAGGCUCAAUAAAAACUAGAACUAAAAGAUUUCAUACAAAAUCUUAGCAUACUCCUGGCCCUGGCAGUUAUUAAGUAGAAGUUAUAGCUCAUCGUUAUAAAGGCGCUUAACCUCCCUUUUUAAUGAGCAAAACUAGAUUUGAAGAAUAAUUUUCAGAGACACCUGCUCCUGGUUAAUAUAAGGCUGCUAAUACUAUGGAAUAAAGAUUGAUAUAAAAAUUAAUGAAAGCUCCAUUAGGAUAAUUUGGAGUUAAUGAGAAUAGAUUUAAAGAAUAAAAAUUAUUAGUUCCUGGUCCAGGAUCAUAUGAAAUAGAUAAAAAUGAUGAUACAAAAAAAGAUAAGAAAUUACCAGAACAAAAAGGAACAUAUGCAUUUAUGAGUCAUGCACCUAAAAGUUAAGAUUUAUCAAUUCCAAAUAUAAAUCCAGCUCCAGGUGCUUAUAAUGUUAAUUAACAUACAAUUGCUAAUAAAAUAAUUAAACCAGAAGAAGAUGAUCCUAAAUUGGCAGUAAUUAAACCACCAUUUGGAGUUGGAUCUGAAAGAUGGAAAAUAAAAGAAGCAAAUGAAGAUGAAGAAGAUGAUGAACCUUUUUAUUUAGAAAAAUCAGCAUAAAAUUAAUUAGGAUUAUUUAAAAAGAAAAAGAAAGAUCCACCACCAUUUAUGUGCAAAGUAUUAAUUAAAUUAUAUAUAUUAAUAGUAAGAAAGAUUUUCAAAAAGUGUACCUAAAGAUAAUAUACCUGGUCCUAUGGAUUAUGCUGAUGGAAUGUAUCCUAAUUGGAAUAAAAGAACAUUUAAUAUUAUAUUUGCUGAAAUUUGA